CACAGCUUCACUCUUCAGCAAUCACCACUACCAUUACCACCACCACAACUCAAAACACAAAAAACCUCCCAGCCCCCCUUUAAAAACCGCAAAAAUGGUCUCCCUAACCACCACCCUCCUCACCUUAGCCCUAGGCGCAAGCCAAGCCCUGGCCUACGCCGGCGACAUGACAUACUACACGCCCGGGCUCGGGGCCUGCGGAAAAUGGAACUCAGAAUCCGACCACAUCGUCGCAUUAGCACCCGCGCAAUACGGCUACGACGCCAACCCCAACAAGGCCAAAGUCUGCGGACGGAAGAUAAACAUCCACUACGGGGACAAGACCGCAACCGCUACUGUGACUGAUAAGUGCCCUGAGUGCGCUUCUGGAUCUAUCGAUGUUAGUCCCGCUGUUUUCAAGGAGCUCGCUUCGCUUGAUGCGGGACGUGUUCAGGUUACUUGGAACUACGCUUAAAGUAGCGUGUUGAAUACGGAGAAGAUGGUGUGGUUGUGGGGUGUUUAGAUAGUUAGAAUGGGGUAUGGGUGGUUGGACUUGGCUAUAGAUGGGGGCAACGGGAA